UGUGUGUAAAUCCUUUUUAAACUCAGACAAGAGAAAGGAAUGCAGAGAUGAGGGUCCUCUUCAUAUCGGUGGCAUGCCUCUGUCUUUCAGUAUCUCUAGUUCCAACAUCCACACUAGCCCAAAUCUUAUUUCAGGGAUUUAAUUGGGAGUCUUGGAAUAAGGAAGAGGGUUGGUACAACUUCCUUGGAAAGAAUAUAUCGGAUUUAGCUAAUGCUGGAAUUACACACGUUUGGCUUCCUCCACCCUCGCAUUCUGUAGCAGACCAAGGUUACCUUCCAGGAAGGCUAUAUGAUCUCAAUGCAUCAAGAUAUGGAAACGAGAAAGAACUGAAGCGAUUGAUGACGGCAUUGCAUGAUAAGGGAAUCAAAUGUGUUGCAGAUAUAGUCAUUAACCAUAGGACCGCCGAGAAGCAGGAUGGCAGAGGGAUAUGGUGCAUCUUUGAAGGUGGAACAGAAGACGACCGUCUCGACUGGGGCCCUUCUUUAAUUUGCAGUGAUGACACUGCCUAUUCCGAUGGAACAGGAAAUCCCGACACUGGCGCUGGGUUUGGAGGUGCCCCUGAUAUUGAUCACACGAAUGCAAGGGUGCAAAGAGAGCUCUCUGAUUGGUUGAACUGGCUGAAGAAUGAUAUCGGUUUUGAUGGGUGGCGCUUAGAUUUUUCCAAAGGAUAUCGGGCAGACAUUGCUAAGGUUUAUAUCGAUCGGACCAAUCCAGCUUUCGUGGUUGGCGAGUUCUGGAGCUCUCUUGCUUAUGGGAAAGACGGGAAGCCAGAGUAUAACCAGGAUUCACAUAGGAAGGAGCUGGUGGAUUGGGUUCGAACUGCUGGUGGUGUUGCAACGGCCUUUGAUUUUACAACUAAAGGGGUUCUCCAAGCUGCAGUUCAAGGGGAAUUGUGGCGGAUGAAGGACGUGUAUGGGAGGCCGCCUGGAAUGAUUGGAUUGUCGCCAGAAAAGAGUGUCACAUUCAUCGACAAUCAUGAUACAGGAUCCACACAACAGUUAUGGCCAUUCCCUUCGGAUAAAGUCAUGCAAGGUUAUGCUUAUGUUCUCACCCAUCCAGGAAUCCCUUCCAUAUUCUAUGAUCACUUCUUCACCUGGGGACUGAAGGAAGAGAUUGGCAGGUUGGCUUCAAUCAGGUCUAGCAAUGGGAUUCGACCGACUAGCACUUGUCGUGUCAUAGCCUCUGAUGCUGAUCUUUAUUUAGCAGCAAUUGACGAGAAAAUCAUUGCCAAGAUAGGGUCGAGGUAUGAUGUCGGCAAUCUUGUUCCACCUGAUUUUCAUAUCGUUGCCUCCGGCAAUGACUACGCCGUGUGGGAGAAAAACCAUUGAAUUUCAGGGCGGCCAUCUUCUUUGUUGAGAUCUUUAGGGCUUGUUUGGAUCGUAAGUUACUUUACAUAAGUUAAUUACACCUCAAGUAACUUAUCUUUUCUACAUAUUCAGCAAAUAAGUAUGUUUAAUAAACGACACAAUUACUAGCAAUAAAGUAAAGAAAUGUAUUGGCCUUCCAA